UUUCUUUUUUAUUAACCCAACCCUACCCUUUCCUUUCCUUACACCACACCCCCAACACAAUCCUUUCUUUUUUCUUACUAUAAUGAGUGAAAUUGUUUUAUCUAAUAAUAGCUACGAUUACUCCAAUGGAUCUAUGAUGAUUAAUCCCGGGUUAGUUCAAAAAUCCACGGAUUCCUCAACAAGUGGAUCACCUCCAGCAAGUAGUUUUACAACAGAUAAUCAGCAAUAUUCAACUUAUCCAGCUUAUGCCUUUCAGCCAAUGUCGAUGGGAUAUCCCCCUGUAACAAAUUAUUCAAUGUCACGUUUAGGUUACUUCAAACAACCUAACAGCCCUGAAUCUAGCAGUUCAUCUCCCACCCCAUCACCACCACCACCUACUUCUACCCCCACCACCACCCCCUCCUCCACCGCCACUACUACUAGUAAACCUAGAUUUAAUAAUCCCACCACAGCCAGAGUGAAAGAAAUGAUCACCCGCGCCAAUUCAGUCCCAAUGGAGUUCUAUCAUACCGAAUUCUUGGAGUAUUCAAAAGAAACUUAUGAAAAAAAAAUGGAAUCCAAGCGUAAUAAACGCAAGAGAACGGAUGAAAAUGACACUUCCUUUGAAAAGAAACAGAAAAUCGUGUUUGAAGAAAAGGAGGAGGAUUCUGAGGAAGAAAUCUUGUUAGACGAUAAUCUUUCUAGUGCCGAGAUCCGUCGUCAAAUUCACAUUCAGUCAGAACAAAAGAGACGUGCGCAAAUUAAAGAUGGAUUUGAUGAGUUGAGAAAACAUUUACCUGGAUGUAAUAACAAAAAAAUGAGCAAAGCUGCUUUAUUGACCAGAACUGUCCAACAACUUCAGCAUUUAAAAGGCAUGCAAAAUGAGCUUUUAUCUGAAGUAGAGAGACUUUUGCAAGAAAAUGAAGCAUUGAAAAAAUUCCAACAUGGAGUUCUUCAACGUCAAGCUAUGGAAAAAAUGUAUACCUUUUAAAAAGCCUAUAAUAUCCCCCCCCCCUUACUUUUUUUUUAUAUUACACACCAUCCCCCAAUUCUUAUUACACUCCUUAACUAAUAAUUAACCCUUUUCUACUCCUCUCUCUUAAUUUAUAAACAUACACAUUUGUAACUAUCAUUUCCACUCUCUCUCACUCACUCAAUCACUCACUCUUUCAAUUGUUUCAUACAAAUAAAUAAGCUUUAGCCCUAUAUCAACCUCCGUUAUAAAUGUGCAUCAAAACAAAUAUAUGUGUGCAGAUCAUUCACCUUUUUUUUCCCUUCUUUUUUUCUAAUUCCUCACUUCUUUUUCUAUUG